GGAAAGGAUCAACUUAAAUGACACCAUUAAAUUUUGCGACAAGGAAAAUUUUAAGAAGAAGCAGGCUGCGUAAAGUAAGAUGUGCUAUAGGUAUUUAUCUUACUGCCCUCUCGUUCCUUCGUUGGUUGCUAACCAGCCGGCAACUACAGACCGCUGGUCACAUUUGGACUGAUGCUUUGUUUAUCAAUAGAGUUUUAAACUGCUGGCACUGGCUUAUAGCUAUAAAUACCUUUACGAGUUGAAUGUAAAAUUGAUUAAAUGGGUCAGAAAUUACAAUGAGAAGAGGGAAAUAAAAAAAACGUCACAAAUUUUAUUUUGCUGCGUAACAAGAAGCGUAAUGCGCAAAUGAAUCACUUGAAAAUAGGGGCGCGGUCCGUUUCAAACGAUUUGCAUUUUUAAGCAUUAAUAAUCAGCACUACAUCGAUAAGUUAGUGUGCGUAACAAAGCCGAGACAUGAUCAAUGCGUCAAAAUACAUAGUGAACUGGAAUGCAAGACUAACUGUCAUGCACAGCCUGUCACAGAAAAUAAUUAUUAUCCCCCGUGAUAUUUUAGUUUUUUUAUUUGUGUAUCACGUAUUUCUAGAUAAUUGUUGCAGUUUUGGUGUUUAGAUUUUUAUAUUGUCGCCAUAACAAGUGUUACUAAUGUUGAUAAACUGUAGAAAACUUUGUAAUAUAGUGGCGAACAACAAUUAGAGGAACGUGUCACUAUUAUUUUGCAAAGAGUUGUUUUCAACCGAUACGUCGCUAUAGGAAUGUGAAUCGUGUCUAAUUUUACUUAAUUAUUAGUAUAUUUUCACAUGGGUGAUGGCUUGGCAGUCGGACACUCGUACUGAUGAGAAUAGCUUCCUACUUCGGCUGAGGAUUGUAGGGGCUUACUCAUUGGCUAAAAAGGAUAUAUUUGGUGCUAGCGAUCCUUAUGUGCGGGUGGAGCUACAAAAGGUCGAUGGGGACGUCACCAUUGAGACGUUUCUCACCAAAACCAAGAAAAAGACAUUAAACCCCACAUGGAAUCAGGAGUUUGUAUUUCGGGUAAAACCCCAAGAGCACAAGCUGCUCAUCCAAGUCUUCGACGAGAACCGACUGACUCGCGAUGACUUCCUCGGCAUGGUGGAGGUACCUCUCUCCACCGUGCCCACGGAGACAGCAGCGGCGGCCCGACCCAACGUCGUUAAGUACCCCUUGCGUCCACGCAGGUCUGUUGCGCGGUCGCGGGUCCGCGGCUACAUCGAGGUGUACCACGCGCUGGUGGGGCGAGUGGGGGAGCCCGGCACCGAGGGGGGGGAGCCUGCUGACGACUGGGAGCUGGUCGAACCCUCGCCGCAGCAGGGCGUCGUGCAGCCGGCGAUCGGUGGCGAGGCUCUGCCCCCGGGCUGGGAGGAGCGGCAGGACGCGAACGGGCGCACGUACUACGUCAACCAUAUUGAACGCUCCACGCAAUGGGAGAGGCCUACCUUCAUGCGCAACAUGAGCACGGAAUCACAAGCCGAGCGCAUGGAGACAGCCGCCACAGAGUUCCAGCGUCGCUUCCACAUCUCCGCCGACCACGACCAGCCCGCCAGCCCCGCCGCCUCACACAACCAUCAGGAGGAUAUAAGCAAUAGAAGUGGGGAGACUAACUCAACGGACCCCACGCCGUUUUCCACACCGAUCCGAUCGCCGGAACCCGUGCACGAUCCGGACACCGCGGUGACGAACGCACCAACUAAUAGUAUAAGUGAUGAAACCGACUGUGAUAAUAAUUUAAGAAACAAAACUAUACCGGAGGAGGACGAUGUUGUAUGCGCCAACGAACAAGUUGGCGAUGCUCAAACUGAAGCCAGUACUAGUCACGACACAGCUAGUGAGCCUAAUGACCAAGAACAAACUGAAACUAACACUGUUCAAGUUACUGAACACACUGACGAAGUAGACGGGGAAGCGGCUACUGAGGAACAAGUCGACAGUCGAGUAGACACAGAGAAUACUACAGAACAGACCGAAACAGAAGUACCAAAUGAGACAGAAACACCACCACAAAAUGAAAGUGAGACGCAAAAUGAGGCAGAGGCGAAUGACACAGAGAGAACAACAGAAGUCAUAGAAAAUGAGACUGAACCUGAAACUGAAGUUACUGAAGAGGUAGCACUACCUCAGACAGAGGUCGUGGUAGAAGAUGCGUUGACGUUUGAUGAGAAUCACUUCAGUACGCCGACGGGGGGCGUGUCGCCCGUGACGUCACCGGCCGCCCGCCGCCGCAGGACCACUGCCAGCUCGAUCGAUGAUUCCGAGGACGAGACGGAUGGUUCUACUGAGAGCACGCGGAGUAGCAGUGCCAGCAGCACACAGAGUCAGAAUCUGCCUAACAGUGAUGGACUUCCGCCGGGCUGGAGUAUGCAGAGAGCGCCAAACGGCAGGAUAUUCUUCAUCGACCACAAUCAGAAGACCACCACGUGGAUAGACCCCAGAACUGGCUGUGCAUCAAGCUUACCCACUCCCAGCGUGGCAGCAAGCGCAGCGGACGCGGACGAGCUGGGCGCGCUGCCCGAGGGCUGGGAGGAGCGCGUGCACACCGACGGCAGGAUCUUCUUCAUCGACCACAACACCCGCACGACGCAGUGGGAGGACCCGCGGCUUUCGAACCCGCAGAUCGCGGGGCCGGCCGUGCCCUACUCGCGCGACUACAAGCGCAAGUACGAGUACCUCAAGAGUCAGCUACGCAAGCCGAGUAACGUGCCAAACAAGUUCGAGAUCAAAGUGCGGCGGAACUCGAUCCUCGAGGACUCGUACCGCAUCAUCAGCUCUGUCAGUCGGCUCGACUUGCUCAAGACCAAGCUGUGGGUCGAGUUCGAGUCAGAAGUCGGCCUCGAUUACGGUGGCCUAGCCCGUGAAUGGUUCUUCCUAUUAUCAAAAGAGAUGUUCAACCCUUACUACGGUUUGUUCGAAUACUCGGCCAUGGACAACUAUACCCUGCAGAUUAACCCUAACAGCGGUGUUUGUAAUGAGGAACAUCUCAGCUACUUCAAGUUUAUUGGCAGGGUCGCCGGUAUGGCCGUGUAUCAUGGGAAACUGUUAGAUGCAUUUUUCAUCCGUCCAUUUUACAAGAUGAUGCUGGGCAAGCAGAUAGAGCUGCUCGACAUGGAAUCCGUAGAUUUAGAAUAUUACAACUCACUUAUGUGGAUCAAGGAAAACGACCCUUCAGAGCUGUAUCUAACGUUUUCGGUGGACGAGGAGCAAUUCGGCAAGACCAUACAGCGGGAACUGAAGCCGGGCGGCGCCAACAUCUCCGUCGACAAUGAUAACAAGGACGAGUAUAUCAAACUAGUGAUCGAGUGGCGCUUCGUGUCCCGCGUGGCGGAGCAGAUGUUCGCGUUCCUGGAGGGGCUGGGCGCGCUGGUGCCGCUGGCGCUGCUGAAGAUCUUCGACGAGCACGAGCUGGAGCUGCUGCUGUGCGGCAUACAGCACAUCGACGUGCGCGACUGGAGGAAUAACACGCUGUACAAGGGGGACUAUCAUGCCAAUCAUUUGGUGGUGCAGUGGUUUUGGAGGGUGGUGCUAUCAUUCUCGAACGAGAUGCGUUCACGUCUGCUACAGUUCGUGACGGGCACAUCCCGCGUGCCCAUGAACGGCUUCAAGGAGCUGUACGGCAGCAACGGACCGCAACUAUUCACUAUAGAGAAGUGGGGAUCGCCUGAUAAUUAUCCUAGGGCACAUACUUGUUUCAACCGCAUAGACCUACCUCCAUAUGAAAGUUACCAGCAACUUCGAGAGAAGCUGAUCAAAGCCAUCGAAGGGUCCCAAGGCUUCGCCGGCGUCGACUGAAGACUCCGCCAUUCACAACCUAUAUACACCCUAAAAUUAUGGAAAAUUCUAGAUAACUACUACAGAGUGCCUACUGUGAGUUAUGCAAGUUAACUUUCUCGAUGCGUUAAUGAUCAUCAUCUGCCUAGCUUUUUCCCAACUACGAAGACCUACAGUUUAUCGCUUUCCGAAAUACUGACGAACUCGUUAUGACAAGAUGGUCACCCAUCUAUGGAGUGACCGCGCCAAGCGUUGCUUAACUUUCUAAUCGGUCGAUACGCUCGGCUUUGACUUAGCCGCAGGCUCUAUUAUCGUACAACUUAAUCACUGUAUGUAUUUCAGCCGACCUAUAAUUACAUAUCGAGAGCGUUAAAUUACAAAACUCGGAAUCAGCACUCAGAACAUAUAAGGUACUGUCCUGAUAACUGUCAUUGACUUGUCAUUUGACAUUUCCAAAAAUGAGGUUCAAUAACAGAUGUUAGAAUAAAUCCUUAUUUAUAAAAAUAGACGUCAAUCACUGGCAUUAACAUGUUGCAAUGUUUUUUUUAAUGCUCAUUAAAAUUUUGUUUUUCAAUGUACCACUAACGCCACAUAACUUCUGCUCAAUAUCGAAGUUUUAUAAUAGUACGUAUUAAAUGUGGUGGAUGGUAUGAAAUAUGGAAUUAAUUCUUAUAAUAUUCUGUAUAUUUCAAUGGUGAUAAAAAUACUUGUUUAUGCUAAGCUGUAUUUUAUACAGAUUAUAUUAAAAUAACUAAAAAUACGCCUGCAAGCGUGCCAUACAUACAUUAAUCGUGUCAAUAUACUAAUUUACGUUUUAAUCUGUAUAAAAUAUAGCUUAACAUAAAACGAUGGGAUUUACUUCAAUUAACCAUGUAAAUACAUACUUACGAGUUUUUACGGAUCUAAAAUGAAAUUGAAAAUGUAAAUUUAAUAAAUGAUAAAUCUUCCAUGUUUAAUGUGUAAAUUAAUAACUUAACGUCAAAGUAAAUGUAAAUAAAUUGGAAGUCUGAAAAUUCCGUAAAAACUAAUUUUGUUGGAAAAAUGUAAGGUAUACGAUAACUUUACCUACUGCGGAUAUGAUGUAAUACAGACCUGUAUUCGUUGACUAAAGACGUAUUUUUCAAUUA